AUGAAUACAUCCAGUACAGGCUACGAAGAGCUUAUCAUGUAUAAUACGACUGAAAAUCAUCGUGGAUUUGAUGAAACUUGUUCGCGAAUCUGCUUUGUUGCUUUAUCCAUAUCAGCGUUUGGUGUCCUUGGUAAUGUAGCAUUUCUCUUUGUCGUGAUUCGAGUGUGCUCCAUGCAAACUGUCACGAAUGCCUAUUUAGUCAACUUGGCUUUUGCGGAUUUGUUACAUCUGAUAACCCAUACUUCACUCUGGCUGUGUGGUGUACUUGCCAACCCGUGUCCCGUCAACCAGGACACCAACUUACCCGUAUUUUGUGUUUUCUUGGUGUUCUCUCGUGUGAGCCAAUAUGUGUCAAUGUUCACAGUAACGGUGUUGAGUCUUGAGCGAUAUGUAGCUGUAUGCCGGCCGAUCGUCUAUCGCAACGGAGCGAUUCACCGACCUUGUGUUGUAGCAACCGUGAUUGUUGGUACCUGGCUUAUGGCUUUGCUUUUCUCGUCGGAGCAAUUUAGUGCUUGUAUUAUUACGACCCGUAGUUAUGAGAGACAUGUGGUGGUCAGCGGUAUAAUCUUCCUAGUGACUCUAACAACUUUACUGGUAAUCGUCACUGCCGUAUAUAUCAAUAUUAUUUGUCGCGUACGAGCUUCGACAGCCACUGUCAGAUGCCGUGAGAAGCAAAUAAUACGAAUCUGUAUAGCAACAGCUUGCAUUUAUUUCAUUUGUAUGUUACCAAGCGUUUUUCAAGCAUUCAUGUUAGUACUGAAUGCCCUAAAUUACAAUAUCGACAACAUACUAGACAAGCUAAUUGUCAGUAAUAACGUGGCAACCAUACUUCUUGAAGUGAAUUCAUCUAUGAACCCGUUAGUGUAUAAUGCUUUGAGUUCGAGCUACAGGAGUUCUUUUUACACUGCGUUCACAUGUCCAUCGCCGAAAAGUCGUUUGCCACUUCGCUACAGUACAUCGGGCGUGAACCUAUCGAGUCGCAGUAACACAGUCGAGGAGAAUGUUGAUUGUAAUCGUCUGACAAUGCAAAAACUGAAUGCAACAACGAGUAAUAAUUAA